AUGAUGACAACCCCUACCCGCAAGUCCCCUGCCUCAGCCCCCGGCCACUCCCUCGGCCCCUGUACGCCAGGUGGGCGUCCCAGAGAUGUAACGAGUAGGGAGAUGGAGGUUGGAGCUCAGGAGUCUGGGCCGCGAGGCUUUUCGGCGCCGGCCGGGGUCCCGACCGCCCUGCCCCCGGAGCACCACCGCCCAGACCCGGGCACGACCGACGCGCCGCCGCUGCCGCCGCCGCCUAUCAGCGGAGUGCAGGGGCGGGGCCGGCUGGCUCGGCGGCGGCUCGGCCGCGGGCGGGGACGGGCGGGGACGGGAGGGGGAACCGACCGCCGCGCAGCUCCGGCCGCUGCGCGCAUACACCCGGCCCGGCUCCCGAGGGCGCCAGCGCGGCCCCGGGGAGCGCGAGGAGCCGGCGAGCGCGCGGCCUGCCGUUGGCGGCCUGGUCCGCCACGCUCGGCGCCCACCCGCCCCCUAGCUGGGGUGCAAGACCCCGGGAAGAUGGUGUCCUGGAUGAUCUCCAGAGCCGUGGUGUUGGUGUUUGGAAUGCUUUAUCCUGCAUAUUAUUCAUACAAAGCUGUGAAAACAAAAAACGUGAAGGAAUAUGUCCGAUGGAUGAUGUACUGGAUUGUUUUUGCUCUCUAUACUGUGAUUGAAACAAUAACAGAUCAAACAGUUGCUUGGUUCCCCCUGUACUAUGAGCUUAAGAUUGCUUUUGUCAUAUGGCUGCUCUCUCCCUAUACCAAAGGAGCAAGUUUAAUAUAUAGAAAAUUCCUUCAUCCACUUCUUUCUUCAAAGGAAAGGGAGAUUGAUGACUAUAUUGUACAAGCAAAGGAGCGGGGCUAUGAGACCGUGGUAAACUUCGGGCGGCAAGGUUUAGCUUUCGCAGCCACUGCUGCUGUCACUGCAGCGGUGAAGAGCCAAGGAGCAAUAACAGAACGUUUACGAAGUUUUAGUAUGCACGAUCUGACAGCUAUCCAAGGGGAUGAGCCUGUGGGACAAAGAUCAUACCAAUCUCUACAAGAAGCAAAAAAGAAAAGUAAAUCAGUCUCCGGUGAAUCAGCAGGUUAUGGAAUUCCGCUGAAAGACGGAGAUGAGAAAACCGAUGAAGAAGCCGAAGGGCCGUAUUCAGAUGAUGAGAUGUUAACACACAAAGGGCUUCGAAGAUCGCAAAGCAUGAAAUCCGUGAAAACCGUGAAAGGCCGCAAAGAGGUGCGAUAUGGGUCACUAAAAUAUAAAGUGAAGAAGAGACCACAGGUGUAUUUUUAGUCAUCUGCACCUCAAGAUCCCAAGACAAGUUAUGCUAAUCCAUCAGCUUUUCUUCUAACAUUAUCCAGGAUUUACACAUUAAAAUAAUACUUUAAACUGUG